ACAUGUUGUAAUUCCGACACCGUUUACCUGUGCCCAGAUUCUGGCUCUCUCUCUCUUCCUGGUGCUGAAUCAGCGAGCAGACUUCUUCCACAGGAUGAAAGCUUUGAAUUAUAUUCCCCCAGCAAAGAGAAACAGUCCAGGAGAAGUCUUGCAUCGUUACCCACAUAUGUUGAAGUCCCAGGCCCAUGUGACCCAGACGACUUGAUUGAUGGGAUCAUCUUUGCAGCCAACUACUUGGGCUCCACUCAGCUGCUGUCCGUUAAAACGCCCACCAAGAACAUCCGCAUGAUUCAGGCACAGGAGGCUGUCACGCGCAUCAAGGCCCCUGACGAUGAUGCCAAGCCCAUGACAGAGGUUGAUCUCUUCAUCUCCACUCAGAGAAUAAAAGCGCUCAACGCAGACUCCCAGGAGACAAUGAUGGACCAUCCUCUGCGCAUCAUCUCCUACAUUGCAGACAUGGGGAACAUUCUGGUUUUGAUGGCCAGACGCAGAAUGCCUCGACCCGAAUCUCAAGAAAAUGAUGACACCUCAGACCCAGAAGCAGACAGCAAGUGCCAGUACAAGAUGAUAUGUCAUGUAUUUGAAUCUGAGGAUGCCCAGCUCAUUGCUCAGUCCAUCGGGCAGGCCUUCAAUGGGGCUUACCAGGAGUUCUUGAGGGCCAAUGGCAUUAACCCUGAAGACCUGAGCCAAAAGGAAUGCAGUGACCUGCUUAACACUCAGGACAUGUACAAUGAUGACCUCAUCCACUUUUCCAAAUCAGAAAACUGCAAAGAAGUGUCGAUAGAGAAAGAAAAAGGGGAGAUUCUUGGCGUGGCCAUUGUUGAGAGUGGUUGGGGCUCCAUCCUCCCCACGGUCGUCAUUGCUAACAUGAUGCAUGCUGGGCCGGCAGAGAGGUCUGGCAGACUGAACAUAGGCGAUCAGAUCAUGUCCAUUAGUGGUACCAGUCUGGUGGGUCUGCCACUGUCCACCUGUCAGGGUAUCAUCAAGGAUCUUAAAAACCAGUCACGUAUCAAGAUGAACAUAGUGAGAUGUCCUCCAGUCACAACAGUACUCAUCAGACGUCCAGACCUCCACUACCAACUGGGCUUCAGUAUCCAGAAUGGCAUUAUUUGUAGUCUCAUGCGUGGUGGGAUUGCUGAAAGGGGUGGAGUGAGAGUUGGUCAUCACAUCAUUGAGAUCAACAGCCAGAGUGUGGUUGCCACACCCCAUGAAAAAAUCGUCCAUCUCCUAUCCAAUGCUGUGGGAGAGAUCCACAUGAAGACGAUGCCUGCAGCUAUGUACCGCCUGCUGACGGCCCAGGAACCGCCAGUUUACAUUUAACUAAUUGACUUCAUUCUGACCUUCCAUCAUUUGAACUUCUCCUGUCACCUCCCAGUUUUGCGUCUCUAACGCCGACCAGCAUACAUCCUGAAACUUGUAUCCCUCGAGUUGUGGACCAAAGUGAGUUGUCAAUUGAAGUGUUUUCUUUCAAGUUGUACGACCACAACUGACCAUCUGCCAUCAAUAAAAGAUAUGGUUGAUAUUUUUAGCAGGAUCUGUCUUCAGUACUUUAGCAAUUUCUGCACAGAAUUCGUUCCAAAAUAAUAUAUUUGACACUUUAUGUUGGGAAAUGACUUGGUCCAACAUUGUUUUGUUAUUCACAAGAGCCAAAA